AUGCCCGAUAACGAGAGACCCAUCAUCCGGCUGGAUGCUACUUUGCACGAUGCAAACACCCCACCAACCCAGUACGAUAUAGCCAAGGAUCUCUAUCGAGAGCUACCUAAAUUUAACGGUGAAGGCCCAACUUGCGAGCAAGAUUUUAGAGAAUUUGACGCAAUCGUACAAAGCUGGUUACCAUGCAUCCUCCCAGACUACCAUAACAUGUUCGUUGCAAAAAUCGCAAAGAGAAUUUCGGGUCGUGCUAAGAGUAUCAUUGAAUAUACUCCGAUUCACAGCGUUAAAGAACUUCUUGACGCUCUGGGCGAGAGGUUUCGUCAUAGCGAUCCUGCUCUUAUCUGGCACAAACGUCUAGCCGCAGCGUCCCCGAAGGACGGGGAAACCAUCGAAGACUUUUAUUUCAGGUUACGCAGAAUGAUCAAAGGCCUGGAAGCUGCACUACCAGCAGAAAAUCGAGAUGCCAUCAUGUCGCAGCAAGAAAAGGUUGCGUUCGACCUUCUUUAUUCCGCUUUGCCUGACCUUCCAAAAUGUCUUGCGCGUCUAAAAGAUCCCAGAACGCUGGAAGAGCUUUACAAAGCGAUUAAAGAAGAGCGAACUCGCGAAUGUUUGCGACCUGCUCGGAAACGCGAUUCUAACGAAUUUUCGCGUCAUCCUCAUAAAGACCGUCGAGACUAUGACCGAGACUAUAACAGACGCUACUCGAGAGACGAUUAUCAGAGACCUCGUCGAGAUUAUGACGAUUACGACGACCGCAGGGAGACUAGAGGACGAACAUUUACUUACUCUAAAAAUAACCACAGACGGAGUAAAUAUGACACCGACGACGAAGACAGUGUAGACUCUGACGCCAGUGCAGAGUCCGCAGAUUACUUAACUUACGCUUACACCUCAAGUAAAGGGGGACGUAGUCAGAACCGUGACGAUGAUUCGACUCCACGAACGUACAAGAAAAGCCCUUCACGUUCACGUACAGAAGAGCAGUUUCCAGCCAGACAAAAGACUGUGACGUUUGACCCUGCUGACAUAGACACUGAAAAUAAUGGAACAUCUGAAAUUAGAAGCUCCAUGUUGCGACUGUCCGUUCUGCCCUCACCGCGACUCGACUAA